AUGUUCAAAAUACCAAGUUUAGUGAAAACGGCGUACUACGCUUGCAACGAGAUUGAGCGUAACAAGUAUGACUUGAUGGAAACACCGGACGUCGAUAUGCAAUAUUGUUGCGAGUUGCUAUUCGAAGUAUUAAAAAUCGAGGGAACGAUUGGCAACGAUAGGCACACCAUGUUCAGCCAGUCGCAGUCCGUCAACAAUGGCAAGACGAUUAAAAACGUAAUAUGCGAGGAGGCAGCGUUGCACGGACAUAUGGAUUGCCUGAAAUUCGCUCACGAUAUCGGUGUACCAUGGGACGAGUCGACGUGUAGCAACGCCGCGUUGAUCGGUCGCAUCGACUGCCUGGUCUACGCACGGGAUAACGGUUGCCCGUGGGACGAGUCAACGUGUAGUAAUGCCGCGUCGGGUGGACAUUUCGAUUGUUUGUUAUAUGCCCGGGCGAAUGGGUGCCCGUGGGACCAAGGGACAUGCCGCCUCGCUGCAUUGAACGGUCACAUGGACAUCCUAGUAUACGCUCGGGAAAACAGGUGCCCGUGGGACGUACACACGUGUAGCAGCGCUGCAUUCAAUGGUCACAUAGAGUGCUUGACUUACGCACAUGUAAACAGAUGUCCUUGGGACGAGUGGACGUGUACCAAUGCUGCUUUUAACGGUCACUUGCAAUGCCUAGUCUACGCACGAAAAAAUAGGUGCCCUUGGGACAAGUGGACGUGCAGCAGGGCAGCGUUGAACGGUCACAUGGACUGUUUGGUGUAUGCGCUGGAAAAUGGUUGCCCUUCGGACGAGUGGACGUGCAGGAAUGCUGCGGCACGCGGUAACUUGAGCUGCCUGAUCUAUGCUCAUGAAAAAGGGUGCUUGUGGACCACAGGUACGUGUAGUGCUGCAGCGGUCGGUGGACACUUUGAAUGUCUGGUGUAUGCCCAUAUAGCAGGGUGCCCGUGGAACAGUGAAACUUUCAUCAAUGCUAAGGUGUUCAAUCAUACAAAAUGCCUUAAAUACGCCCUUGUAAAUGGAUGCCCCCGGGUACCUACAGUAUUAUUCAUUUCACUUAUUAUGGAUGAUCCGAAUCUGACUACCGCGGUAUCUACGCCUGGAUUUUUACCUACCACGUCUGCAAAUUAUUUAGUUAUGCCUUUCACUCCUACUGUGCCCAGUGUUCCAAUGCCUCAGUCUAUGGUUUGGUCUCCAAUGCAACAAGCUCCGUUAGUUGUACCUGUAACACCACAUGUAGUCUCUGCUCCUCCGCGUUUCAAUCCACGCGCUACUCGUAAAAAUUUCCGUCAACCAACACCUUCAGAACCCCCCAUCACUGUAUUUGUUGGAAACAUUUCUGAAAAAGCUCCUGAUACUAUGAUAAGACACAUUUUGGCAACUUGUGGAAAUAUUGCUUCUUGGAAGAGAGUACAAGGAUUUGGUUUUUGUGAAUAUUAUGGAGCUGAAGCUGCCUUACGUGCCAUUAAAGUUUUACAUGAUAUGGAGGUAGGCGGUAAAAAACUUGUGGUGAAAGUAGAUGCAAAAGCGCAAGAAACAUUAGACCAGUUUAAGGCUGAAAAAAAAGGUACUGAUGAUUCUGAAGAAAAUCAACAAUUUGAAGUAUACUGUCGACAAAGAAUAAAUAGUAUAAUUACAGACCACAAUGAUGAAAUGACCAAAGAAGGAAAACAAAAUGAAGAAGAAGAUAAACCUAGCAUAGUUGAUGGUGUUGGAUUCGAUAUGGUUCCAAAUGAAGAUGAAAAGAAAAAUUUAAUUUUCCGAGAAAUUGGCAAGUUUCGAGAAGUCAUGAAAAAACGAGAGGAAGAAAAGGAAGUUGAAAGAAAAAAGAAACAAGAAAAGGAAAAAUUAAAUGGACGACAUGCAACUCCAGAUAGUCCAGAUUCUGAAGAAAAUAGAAGGAUACGUCGUAGAGAAGAACGAGAUAAAAGAGAAAAAGAAAAAGAAGAAAGGGACAAAAGAGAAAGAGAAAGGGAUGAAAGGGACAAGCGUGACAGGGAAAAGAAGGAAAGAAGAGACAAAGAAAGAGAACGAGAAAAAAAAGAUAGAGAAAAAAGUAUUGACAAGGAAAACCGUAAAGAAAAAGACCCAGAAAAAAGCCGAGGCCACUACGAUAAAAAUAGAUUACGAGAAAAAGAAAUAGAAGAAGAAGAGCUGGAGUUAAAAAAAGAUGAUGAUAGGCGAAGAGAGAGAGAACUAGCAUAUCAAGAGAAACGUAAACAAUGGGAAAUCAGAGAAAAUCAAAAGAAAAAAGAUUUAUCCAAGGAACGUGCUAAAAAACUAAUGAUAGAAGAAGAAAGAGAAAGAAAUGCUAAAAAACUUAAAGAGUUUUUGGAAGAUUACGAUGAUGACAAAGAUGACCAGAAGUAUUAUAAAGGCAGAGAUUUGCAAAAACGAAUCGAACUGCGUGAAAAAGAAAUAGAAGAAGACGGAAGAGAUCGACAAAAAGAGAAGGAUGAACUGGAAAUCAUUCGAGAAAAGAUAUAUAAUGACGUUGAUUUGAAAGAUCCAGAAUUAGAAUUUGCUAAGGUAUUAAAAGCCAGAGAAGAAAUGUAUAAGCCUAAAUUAUUAAUAGAUGUUGCAGAAAAACAAAAAGAUAAAUUAAAACGCUAUGAAAUGGAAAUUGAAAAGGAAAUUGAAAAUCAGAAAAACAUGGAAGUUGAACAGGAACGUCAGAGGCAUGUUAUGGAAAAAGCACUAACACCCAGUCCGCAGCAGCCAGCUACACCACCCAGUGUUGAGUCUCAAACACCACCACCUGAAUUUGCACCUAUGACUCAACCUACUACUUUGAUGAUUAAGAAAAGAAUGGAUGUCAAAGAUGUAUUUAACAACGAUGAUGAAGAAUUGCCUAGGCCAAAAAAAAGAAAACUGGUUCCUCUUGAUUACACUGACAAAAAAGAAGAAGAAAGUAAAGCAGUCGAGGAAAAGAAAAAAAAUAUUCGUCAGUUAAUUGAACGUAUUCCCACUGAUAAAGACGAUUUAUUCUCAUUUCUUCUUGAUUGGACAGUAGUUGACAACCAACUGAUGGAAAAACGCAUUAGGCCGUGGAUAAAUAAAAAAAUCAUUGAAUAUAUCGGUGAGCCAGAACCAACGCUGGUAGAUUUUAUAUGUUCAAAAGUGUUAGCCGGAAGCAGUCCUCAGGCUAUACUCGACGAUGUUCAGAUGGUACUUGACGAAGAAGCUGAAGUGUUUGUUGUUAAAAUGUGGAGACUUCUAGUAUAUGAGGUUGAAGCUAAAAAAUUAGGUUUGGUUAAACUAGAAGAAAAUGGUCAUAAAGACCCAUAG